AUGGAAAUGUUCAGUUUGAUACUGUCACAACCAUUGCCCAUUGUGUUCUGUUGGGUGAGAGCAAAAGGAAAAUAGGAAGGGGACCAGGGAGGGAAAGGAGGAACAACUACUGCUUGCUCACAAAUGCCCCUUUUGGGGGUAAGUUGCUUGCUAGAGUGGUGGCAGGAUCAAAAACAUGGAUCAAAAAUCCAAAGGUACAUUACAGGAUCUGUCUCACAGGGUUGAAAGUUGAAAAGAAGGUUAUAUAUCUGGGGGUUUGGUUGAUGAAUAAAAAUGCAAUGUUAUUUCAAAAUGACAUUGAAAAUAUGAAAUGUGGUUAUAGUAGACUUACAGAGAUGGAGAAGAAUGAACUUAUACCUGAUGAGUAGAAUCUCAGUAGUGAAAAUGAAUGUACUACCAAAAAUGCUGUUUGUUUCAGACUGUGCUGCUGAUCAAUUCGGUUACCUGUUUUAAACAACAGCAGAGACAUAACGGUGCAAUGGCAACUUGCAUUAGGAUAGAUUUUAUUCACUCCUGCAGGUGCAAGGUAUCAUUUGAUUAUUAAUUUAUGAAUAUCUUGAUAAGAUAAUUUUUAUCAGUUUUUAUAAUUCUGCUUUCCUGGUUUUUAUAACUCUGUUUUUAUGAUGCAGUUUUAUUCUGUUUUUAUGUUGCUUGUCUGCAUACUUCUUAGAGGUUUCUAAAUAUUAAGUAGGUUGGAAAGGUUUUCAAAUGAACAAAAUUAAAAAAUUGUCCUCACCUUGCUGAAACUCUACAGUUCUCUUCAUUGCUUUCUUUUUUACACCCCAACCAAGGAAGAAAAACUUAACUUUAUUUCCACGCAGAAUUAUUCCUGCAGCUUGAGAGAGGCCUAAAACAUGACUCAGCAUUCCCAGAAGUCUGCACUUCCUUCCUCUCCCCCAGGUUUCUACUGGGCCUUUACUUAAAGGGACAGUAACCUAUCAACUAACAAUGAUAACAAAGCUUUGAGCAGACAAUAAAUUUACAAAAGAUUAAAGUAGGCUUAGAUUACCUUCUGCAGGUGGUGUCUGGAAAACCUAGUAGUUCUCAGAUAUUCUUGGAAGGCAAACAGAGAGUGAGUGGGAUAUCUCAACCAUGGACCUGGCUUUUUUUACUGGAAAAAAGCAUCUCCCUUCAUAUCCACUGAACUUCCAUUCCUUUAUGACAUCAUAGGUCAUUAGCAGCCAAUGGUAACAGCUGGUGGGGGCCAUCACCAUUUAGACCUAUUUUAUAUCUAUAUAUCGAUCUACAGUGGUACCUCGGGUUAAGUACUUAAUUCGUUCCGGAGGUCCGUACUUAACCGGAAACUGUUCUUAACCUGAAGCACCACUUUAGCUAAUGGGGCCUCCUGCUGCUGCCGUGCCACCGAAGCACGAUUUCUGUUCUCAUCCUGAAGCAAAGUUCUUAACCUGAAGCACUAUUUCUGGGUUAGCAGAGUCUGUAACCUGAAGCGUAUGUAACCUGAGGUACCACUGUAUAGCUAUAUCUAUAUGUGUGUCAGUUUUUGGGGGGGAGGUUUUCUAAAAAAACAACUUUACAGGUGAUAGAAACUUUACUUUUUUGAAAUAUGGCAACCUUGCAUUUACGCCCCACUUUUUAUCCAAGGAGCUUCAGGGGCCACACACAUCGUUUCCCCUUUCCUCAUUUAAUCCCCACAACAACCCUGAGAGGUAGGUUAGGCUGAGAGGCAGUGACUGGCCCAAGGUCACCCACAACCGUUUCUUAGAUUUCUAAAUGUGUCCAAGGCCCAAAACGUUUGGGACUCCUGGGUUACAGGGUUCAAAUCCCCACUCAGCCUCACUAGGUGACCUUGGGGUUGUCUGUCUUUCAUACCAACCUACCUCACAGGGUUGUUGUGAGGAUCAAAGGAGGCCAGAGGAGAAAUGUAAUAAUAUAAAGUCAUCUCCAUUGGUCAUCUAGGACACAAAUGUUGUCCUAGGAACAUUGCAAGCCCUUCUGGAUCUGAUUUGCUCAGGACGCCACUGCUAAAGGGGCACCUUUCCCCCUACAAACCUGCAACGUUGUUGUUGUUGUUUCAGAUGAUGGGUUUGUGUUGUGAUAUUUAUGGAUCCACAAUGAUAAUUCAUUUCUAACUCUCUCUUAGGAUAAUGGUGGAAUCUGAAACCAAGGCUUCAAGUCAUUGCUUUCUUGUGUAAUAAACGAAAAUCUGCCCUUAUUCCCUUAUGGGGGACACAAGAGCCCUUAUAGAGUCCUUUGUUGGUUCUCCAUCGGUAGGAGGAAAAAACAGAGGCCAACCAGAGAAUAUUGAGAAGCAAAGCAACUUGUAAGCCUGAUCUUUAUUGAACUGUUGCAACAGGGUGUCCCCUUCACACGCAGGAGAAGGACGAGGACCCAGAACCAAGGUGUGUCCGCCCUUAUAUAGUGGUACCUCAGGUUACAGACGCUUCAGGUUACAGAUGCUUCAGGUUACAGACUCCGCGAACCCAGAAAUGUUACCUCAGGUUAAGAACUUUGCUUCAGGAUGAGAACAGUAAUCGUGCAGCGGCAGCGCAGAGGCAGCAGGAGGCCCCAUUAGCUAAAGUGAUGCUUCAGGUUAAGAACAGUUUCAGGUUAAGAACAGACCUCCGGAACGAAUUAAGUACGUAACCAGAGGUACCACUGUAUAGACAUUUUAAAUUGCCCACCUUGGAGUCUAAGACCACCCCCAGAAACAUCAUACCUACAUCACAGAAGGGGUGUAGCUCAGGACCACCACCCCAGAUAUAUCAUACCUACAUCAGAGAAAGAGCGGGCUAAAGCAGAAAUCUGAGUGGGUUGUUCACCUACUGUCUGGCAAGUUACCUGUUAAUGUUUACUGGAUUGAUACCCUGGGGAGCCUGGCCAGUCUUUUGUAAUGAUAAGUACUUAGUUCCUGAGCCAAGUCACAGACCCUAUUCAUACACAGACAUACCCUUAAGACAGAAUUUGUGAAGGAGAAGACAAUGGGGAGGCUCCUCCAUUUGACCUUGCAGAGAAAACACCUGGUCAGCCUGAGAGUAAAAAUGGCUCCAUGGCUCCUCUCCUGUGCAGCUUCAAACAUAUUGCCUAUAUAGCUAUGUAUGUGUUUGCUUGAUACAGUGGUGCCUCGCAAGACGAAAUUAAUUCGUUCCGCAAGUUUUUUCUUCUUGCGAGUUUUUCGUCUUGCGAUGCACGGUUUCCCAUAGGAAUGCAUUGAAAAUCAAUUAAUGCGUUCCUAGGGAAACCGACUUCAGACCAGGUCCGGGGACAGUCUGUCCCCGACCUCUUCUGAAGGCUGGGGGGGACAAGGGAUUUUCUUCCCACCCACCCCAGCAUUUUAAAAACCCCGGGACAGCGGAGGGCUUCUCCGCUGUCCGGGGCGAUCUUAAAAUGCUGGCGGGCGGCAUUUUAAAAUUGCCCCGGGACAGCGGAGGACUUCUCCGCUGUCCGGGGCAAUUUAAAGCCCCUGGGAAGGCAGGCAGGGGGACAAAGACUUUGCCCCCGCCAGCCUUCAGAAGAGGUCCUGGACCUCUUCUGAAGGUUGGCGGGGCGAAAGUCUUGUCCCCCCACCUGCCUUCAAAGCUGUCCAGCCAAGGCUUCGCGGACCUCUCCGCGAGCAGCGGCAGCGCUGCCGCUGCUUGCGGAGAGUUGCCGGCAUGCCGAAGCCUGCGCGCGCUGAGAUCAGCGCGCCCAGGCUUCGCGGACCUCUCCGCGAGCAGCGGCAGCGCUGCCGCUGCUUGUGGAGAGUUGCCGGCAUGCCGAAGCCUGCGCGCGCUGAGAUCAGCGCGCCCAGGCUUCGCGGACCUCUCCUGCCUUCAAAAGCCGUCCGGGAUAGCGGGAAGCGCUUCCCUGCUAUCCCGGACUGCUUUUAAAAUGCUGGCGGUGGGGAGCAAAGCCUUUCGGCCCCCGCCCGCCAUCCAGGACCUCAUCUGAAGGCCGGAGGGGAAGGCUUUGCUCCCCACCGCUAGCAUUUAAAAGAGGUCCCGGAGAUUUCCCUAUGGGCUUUCGUCUUGCGAAGCAAGCCCAUAGGAAAUUCGUUCUGCGAGCGCCUCCAAAACGGAAAACCCUUUCGUCUAGCGGGUUUUCCGUCUUGCGAGGCGUUCGUCUUGCGGGGCACCACUGUACAUUUAUGAACCUUUAUUAUAUACAUAAGACCUUAAUUUAUUUAUUUCACUUGAAAAACCUUCUUUUCUUAUUUAAAGGACAGCAUAUACUUUAGUAAAUCUCCAGAGAUCUGUCUCCUGUGUCCCAAUGGAGUUCCUGUAAAUAGUGGCAGUAAGAAUUGCAGCAAGGUUGAAACAGGAAAACGGUAACGUAGAAGAAUCUCCCCAUUUUAAUUCAUCCCUGAAUCCAUUUUGUGCAGUUAGAGCUUUGCAGUUUGAAAUCUGCGCAUGAGCUUUCCUAUCAAAACAAACAAGCUGUUUUGAAGUGGGUGUGCAAGCCUGUGUUCUCUUGCAGUUCCUAGUACAACUGAAAGGAAUGGGAUGUAUGGAGAACGAAACACUAGGAGAUCGGCCAAGCAUAGUAAUGACACUAAGGACUCAGCUACAUUAGUAAAGAAAAAGCAAUUUGAAUGCACUAUAAACAUGCAACACCAGAUGGCACCAGAGAGCAGGAAAUUUUAAAAGGCUGUUUUCAAUGGCGAUUUUUUCUUUCUUUCAUUAUAAUGAUCUAAUUUCUGACUUAGUCAUAGUGUAUGUUUUUCCUGUGUCUAGAUCCACCAUAAGUCCUAGAGCACGGAAGAAAACAAAAAUAUCAGCACAGAUAACUGAAAGCAGACAUUGACAGACCACUAAUACACAGAGCAAUUACUCAGAAGACAAAGAUAAAAGACACGGAAAGAUGGUUUCAUGUAUUCAAUAAGAAGGUUGGGGUGGGCUAGUCUGAAGAGCCAAAGAGCAACAACAGUGUGUUGUAAGUGUGUUCUUGUGAUGGGAAGGAUUGCAGUAAUUGUCUGGUUAAGCGGUCAUCACCUAGUAAUUGGGCAUGCAUAAAAGCCUCCCUAUGACUUUUUAGGGGCUGAUCCUAUGUACAUUUGUACUAAUAAAGGCCUAAUUUUUCACUUAAAGCCAGCUGGCAUUCUGUUUGGGAGCCUCGGCUGGGACAAACACUUUACAAAUUUCUCCAA